GAGCAAUCGAGAGGGGUGUAGUCCAGUCUGGCUGAGAGAAAGCUAGCGCUCCCUCACUGACAGGCUGCGAGCCUGACUUUUCCUCGUUUAAUUCUCAAUCAUAAGAUCGAGACCGCUGCCGCAGAAAGCAGCCCGAGAGCGGGCAGGGGAAGAUAUCUUCCGGCAAAGCAGGUGUGAGACCGAGGGAAGGGAAGGUGUGUGUUGGCGGCCGCCCGCCCGCCCGACUGUCAGACUGAGAGAGGCAGAGUUGCGAUGUGGACUAUAUAGUAACUAUAGGCGGGGUUAAAGUUCAGGAUGGAGAAGCGAGCUGGCUUCAGUUCGAGACUGAAAUGUGAAAGCCGGCUUUUCCUCUCACCACCACCAGCACCGCCACAAUAAUGUACUCUCCGCUCUGUCUCACCCAGGAUGAAUUCCAUCCCUUCAUUGAAGCACUUCUGCCCCACGUCCGAGCCUUUGCUUACACAUGGUUCAACUUGCAAGCCCGAAAGCGAAAAUACUUCAAGAAGCAUGAGAAACGUAUGUCAAAGGAAGAAGAGAGAGCAGUGAAGGAUGAACUGCUGAGCGAAAAGCAAGAGGUGAAGCAGAAAUGGGCAUCCAGGCUCCUAGCAAAGCUGCGCAAAGACAUCCGACCUGAGUAUCGAGAGGAUUUUGUGCUCACAGUCACUGGGAAGAAACCUCCUUGCUGUGUGCUUUCAAACCCAGACCAGAAAGGCAAGAUGCGGCGAAUUGACUGUCUGCGACAAGCAGACAAGGUCUGGAGGCUGGACCUGGUUAUGGUGAUUUUAUUCAAAGGUAUUCCACUCGAAAGUACUGAUGGUGAACGACUCGUAAAGGCCUCGCAGUGCUCUAACCCUGGGCUGUGCGUGCAACCACAUCAUAUAGGAGUUUCUGUUAAGGAACUCGAUUUAUACUUGGCGUACUUUGUGCAGACACCAGAUUCAGGUCAGUCUGAAAGCCCUAGCCAGGCAAGUGAGGAUAUCAAGGAGCAGCCAGAAAAUGGGCAUUUGGGCUUCCAAGACAGCUUUGUCACAUCAGGCGUGUUCAGUGUUGCUGAGCUGGUGAGAGUGUCACAAAUACCAAUAGCUGUUGGAACAGGCCCGAAUUUCUCCCUCUCAGAUUUGGAGGGAUCUUCGUAUUAUAGCAUGAGCCCUGGGGCUAUGAGGAGGUCUCUGCCCAGCACGUCCUCAAGCAGUUCUGCAAAGCGCCACAAAUCUAUGGAAGAUGAAAUGGACAGCCCUGGUGAAGAACCCUUUUAUACCAACCAAGGACGAUCUCCAGGAAGUGGCAGUCAGUCAAGUGGUUGGCAUGAGGUGGAGCCAGAUCCGGAAUCAUAUUUCUUUAGUGACCUCACAAACUCAAAGGUCACACAACAGAAGUCUACAGAUGUGCAAUCAAGAAUGCCAUCGCCUACUACAUUAAAGAAGUCAGAGAAGUCUGGUUUCAGCAGUCCCACGCCUUCGCAGACCACCUCCCCUCGAACAGCAUUUACACAUCAUCAUCGGCCUGUGAUUACAGCACCCAGAGCAAGUCCUCAUGCAACAGCUUCAACUCUACAUUUUCCAACGUCUCCCAUCAUCCAGCAGCCAGGUCCUUAUUUCUCACACACGGCCAUCCGUUAUCAUCCACACCCUAGUCAGGAAAGCCUGAAGGAGUUUGUCCAACUUGUCUGCCCUGACACCAGCCAGCAGUCAGGACAGGUGGGGUUCCUAAAUCCAAAUGGAAGCAGCCAAGGCAAAGUCCAUAAUCCAUUCCUUCCCACCCCAAUGUUGCCACCCCCACCUCCUCCACCUAUGGCUAGGCCUGUGCCUUUGCCAGUGCCAGACACAAAACCAACUACCACUUCUACAGAUGGAGGAGCAGCAUCACCUACUUCACCCACCUACUCGACACCCAGCACCUCCCCUGCAAACCGAUUCGUGAGUGUUGGACCACGGGAUCCCAGCUUUGUAAAUAUCCCUCAACAGCCACAGGAAACUGUCCUUUACUCCAAGGUGUCUCUGUUCAACAAUACUCCCCAUUCACUGCCAUUCACGUCCUGGUACCUGGGAUAAAGGCUAUAGCUUCCCACCACCCAGCAGACAGACCACCUGACCCCUUCCCAACUCUGUAACAUGGGAGCAAGACAACUUCACUUCAAGCUGUGGGGGGAGGGGAGAUCAAUAGAAUUUCAACAGAAAAAAAUGACAUGAAACAGCACGCCUAAAAGCUGAAUGAUGAAGACCAUAGCAAUGGAUUUACUUAAUAAGAACUGGUCAUUCUCGUCAUUUUCGUUACCGUGCUAUUGAUAUUUAAGGGUCUGUUACUGAGGUACUGAAAUACUUAGGCUCUGUUAGAAAAUUCUGACGUGGUUUAAUGUAGAUAGGCAUAGCAAGGUAGUCUCUCAUACCGGAUAGAAAUAGUCCGCUAUCACUUACCAACUGUGUGAUUAUCACACAGUUACGUAGAGUCUAACUAUUUCAGGCAAUCUCCAGCUAGCAGGAGACCCUCAACAGAUAAAAUAUUAGUGAAAGAUAAUGAAACACAUGUAUUUUGAGGUUCCAUAGCUAAAUCCUGCAAGAUAUAAAAUACUACAACACCAUGGAAAUAGCUAUAGGGCAGCUUUCUCUGCAACAUAUCAUAAAAUACAGCUCUUCUUUUUUUCCAGAAAAUGUAUUAAACACAAACCAAGCUAUAUACCGAUGCACAUUAAUUAUCAUAGCUCCGAUAGGCAUCCUGAAAGGUAUAUAAAAUUAAAACAUCUCACACCAACAAGGUUGAAAUGCUGCAUUCACACCAUUUUUGUUUUUUUGUUUUUCUCCGACAACAAUAAGAUAAAUAGCUAAAAUUGAGAAAUCCAUGCAAACUGGGGAGGAUGGUCUGCUUUGAUUGAAACUGACAGGAAUCAAUCAAAAAGGUUUAAUUUUUUUGAUUAAUUGAGUAAAGUGCAAUUUCAUUGGAUAGUUAAAUAUCUUUGUAUGAUAGAGAUUGUUGAAAAUUCUAUUUUUGUUUUCCAAGUCCUCCCACCCCAGGACUCUAAACUAUCGGGGUAAAAUCAUAGCCUUGCAAGAAAAAAAGGGGAGCUAUUUUUUGCUUUUUUUAUUUUUUUUAAAAUAAACUUGCAUCCCUCAAGUAAACUGAAGGAAGAUUUAAAAAAAAUUUAAAAAAAAGCUAAUGGUGCUUUUACCAGAUCAUGUAAACUACAUUCAAAAUUAUAGCUACACAUUGUUUUAACUAAGCACAUAAUAGAAAAUCGCCACAUCGUACUAUAAGUAAAGUUCUUUCUAAGUUCAAAGACACAGUACGCAGAUUCAAAUCUUGAUGAGUUUUUCAUUGUUCCACCUUGGAACAUUCGAAUUCAGAUCCACAUGUUGUAUCUAGGAAUCUAUCCGUAUCGAUUUAAGUAACUUGUACAUUAAGAAACAAAAAAAAACACUGCAUUGAAAUAGAUUUUUGACCAAACAGCAAAGGAAACCCUCAACCAUGCUAUGAGGCAUGCUUUGCAAAUAUUUAACAAACCAUUUUCCCAUGGUAUACCAACCGUAUAUAUUCUCUGCUUGGCUUGCCGGCCACCCAGACAUUUAAAAUGCAUGAUCUAGUGUUAGUGACUAAUUUUUAUAUAGACAAUGUAGGAGAAAUGUAUAGUGCAUUAAGACACAAGAAAUAUAAUCCCUAUUCCGGGCACUUGCCUUUUGAACUGUACUUGUUGGGCCUAUGAAAAGGGCCUCUACUACUGUCCUAUACAAUCAGUAAACAGAAAGUCUUGGGAAGACACUUUUGCUCCUCACUUUUUCCCUAAUGGAAUAAGUUUCUUGAUUUGCACGAAUUUAAUAUAAAAAAAUUCCGCAUCAAUGUGCCUUGCCCUGGAUAGCAAUUAUACGUGGAAUCAUUGCACAUGUUCCUAUAAUGUAACAAUCCUCUUGGGUCUUUUCCUGGUGUAGCAAUCAGAGACACUUUUUAAAUGCGACAUUGAUGUCAGCCAUUGUAAAGUUUCGACAUGUAGAAAACAAAUCAGUUUUUGCCGCAGAUAGGAUUAGAUUUCAUUGUCCUUUAUGGUCAGUACUUUUGAAAUUUGUAGAUGCUAGUGUAUCAGUAUUUUUUUGGAUGUUGCUACAUUUUAAUAUUAUUUGGCGUCUUCCUUUGUUUUCCCAGAUAUAUGAAAAAAAUAUGCAAUACCUGAUUUAUCAUGUAGAAAUGCUUAGCAAGUUUAACUUUUAAUUUUUUUUAAUUUGACCAAAGUUGGUGCUGCUGUUAAUGCAGUCUGUUAGAUGUUUGUCUUGUAAAUUGUAAACGCUGAAUGCACAGACAGGAAGGGCUCUCCUUAGAGUUGCAGUAGAACUGUGAAGCACUAAGCUGAACCCUGCUCUAACAAAUUUCAGAACAGUUUGUUCACAUUUGAGCCUUAAACUUUCAUUCAAAUCCCAGACCCAUAUUUUUCUCAGCAUAGCAGACUGCAAGGAAUUUGCAUUCAAGAAAAACAAAAAAAUGCCCAUUUUAUAUGCACAUUUGAAACUUCCAAGUUUUCAAAUUGUUUACUGAUUAUGUAUAUUAAAAUGAUUAAAACAAGUUUCUGGAUUUUGAUAGGUGUCUUCUAAGUGGUGAGUAAGUGUUCCACAAUACCGUAUUGUGUGAUUGUAAUUGUUUGAUGUAAUUUCUUGUAAUCCACAUCCUUAGCCUUCCUUUAGCACGUAGCUGGGCAUUACAUUGACAUAUGUGCACUAUAAAGAGCAGCUUGCAGUGCUUCACAGUGAAGGGAAUAGCACGGACAAACUUUUUUUGUAGGGACCUUGUUAAAUGCCAAGGUUUAUGAGUAGAAUUGGUUGUACAUACAAAAUAAUAAGUAAAAAAAAUGCACCCUGUUUUUAAAACAGUUUUUUUUAAAAAGCAAUAGUUCGGGCAGUUAAUUUUUUUUAAAUUUAUUUUGUUGGUGAGUGUGAUUAGUCAUGGCUGCAAAGCGAGGAAAGAAAAAAAAAGUUGAGCUGCCCAUUCAGCAGAAUUGUAAUUUGUAUGUUGUAUAGUUGUAUUAAUUACACUGAUUUAAUCUGCCCUAUUUUGUAAUGCAGGAAUUUUUGUAACAUUGUUAAAAUGAGAAAAAAAAUCUGUCAAUUUAGCUUAGUGGAUCUUCUGAUUGUUGGUUAUAAGGCAGCAUUCGUAGUAUUGCUAUUCCUCUGGGAACUGGAUUUGAGUUAUAAACUUUCCUGUUUCCUUUUUUGUAUGUAUUUAAGUACUUUAUUUUUCUUCUUUGAUUGGUAUGGCAUAUUCCUAUACUUAUAAAGUAUAGGCUACUGAGAAACCAUUAUAAAUGGACAUUACAUGCUGUAUUUUUGAAGGUAUUUGUUGUUUCAAGUCUGAAAGAUGCUAAGGGAACCUGAACAAAUUUAAAGUUUUAAAAAAAGGAAAAGUUUUUUUAAAAGGUAUGGAAAAAAGAUAGUAUGUAGGUAAAAGGGUAAUGGAUGAAACAGACUGGGGUCGUAAGUAUUAUUAAGCUAACUCUCUUUCACAGUAUCAAGAACACAACAAAAUGAGAAUUCAGUUUCAUUUAGGUAUGAACAGCAUAUCAUUCUUUUAAUAGAAAGGAGAUGUGAUUAUGUUUUCUUUACUCCCCCACCCAACCAUCAGGCUGGGUACAACAAACGUAACCCUUUGAUUAUUGAAUUAUCUUUGCACCCUCUUUAGAAUGUAACCCUAAGAAUGUUGCUGAGGUACAACAAGCAAGCUUAGAGUCUACAGUAUCAGGUUAGAAAUGUAUGUUUCUGUUUUUAGUUACUUUGCAAAACAAUAAUCAUGGGUUUUUGUCUGCCAAUAAGUUAGUAGUUCUGAUUGACUGACUUCAGAGUCAAAGUUGAACUUAGUCAAAUAACAGUACAGAAAGACUAGAAAUUGCCUGAAGCUCUAGAUCAACUAUUCUUCAUAAGAAAGGAUGGGAGAAGGGAUAAAGACCACACACGAAUGAAAAUUCCUCUGGAAAGCAUAGUUUGCAGAAUUCAGUCAGCCCACAGUAAUAUGCAAGUUCCAUGACAGGUUCUCUCACCUCUUUUCUUCAUGCAUAUUGCAGCUUUGUAGUGGCAGUGUUGAUAAAAUAUAUACAAAAAAAAAACAGACACACAGCUUGAGACAGUUUUUUUUCCUUGUAGUGAUUUUUUUGAAUGUCAAACAAUAUUACACUUUGAAUUGUGUCUCUGGAAAUAUCUUUGAUAGAAGGCCUCCAUGGAACAAAAUACCAUAAGAACAUGACUUUGAGAUUGGCUUGAUAAGGAGAGCUUUAAUGGCACCUGGCAGGAUUCAGAUGCACUAAAUUAAAAAGUCUUGUCUUGAGAGUAAUGCAUGCAUCAGCGUUUGACAGUAAAACCCAGGUUUGCAAUUGCAAACCAAGGCUGUCCAACAGUUCAGAACUAAGAAAGCCUUUUUAAUUAAAAAAAGUUCAAAAAAAGUCUGCAAACAGUACUGAAAAUUGCUUUGAUGUGUAGCAGGUAACAUCGAAGCUAUUCCAUAGCACUUAAUCGUAAUGAAUACUGUGUCACCAAGUUUAUAAUUAAAUUUACUGUUAAAUGCAAAUCCAUUACAUGGUGCUAUUACAGGCUGGCAAUGAAAUGUGACAACUUGGGCUCAUUUCACUUGCUUUAUUACAGUGUAAAUGCAUAGCAGUGUUUUCUGCAUGAGAACUAUGCACAAAAUCUAUGGUUAACCUUGGUAUCUAUUGAGUUUACGUCAAUCUUGCCUUUUGUCAUUAUUAUAAAUGCCAGCUUUAGAUAAAAUAAAGAAAUAAGAAUACCAGCAUAUUACCUGAAACAUUACAAAAAAGUGGUGCCUGUGAAAUCUGUAUUAUAUGAAUCUUCUGAACUACAAUUUUCUACAACUGUCGCCUUCGCUGUCUGUCAGAACCUUCUCCUGAUGAUUAAGCAAAUGUAAAAUAACCAUACAAUAUUACUGCAUGCUAUUCCAUAAUGCUUAUUGAGCUGUAUAAAUAUUACUCAAGUUUAUGUUAGUCAUUUUUUUUCCUGACUUGGUUCUUGUCAGAUAGUUUUAAAGAUAUUUCACUGAGAACCCAUCUGUCUAUUUUUUGGGGUGUUUUCAGGUUUUUUUUGAGGUAAUACAUUUACUUUUUUAAAACAUUUUCAGUAUUACUUUUUUGUUGUUGUUUAUUUUGCUUCACCCUAGGGGGUGGGCACAGUUCCAAACUUAGAAACUGUGUACCCAAUAAAACUUACCUGACAGUUACCUAUAAGUGGCAUCGCACGCGAUUCAGUUUAAUUUUUUUUAAUGACGUCUGUGCAUUUACCGUCCCAUUACUGUGCAGCAGUGCUGUUAUGUCCGGGUCAGAAGCUCCUUCCCCAAGAGAAGGACUAAAAAGAACUUCACAUUUUUGGGAGCAGGUAGCACUUUAACAGAUGGGAGAAUGGGUACCUGUGCCCACCCCUACCUUCACACCAGAGCACGUAUUUUUAAAACGAGAAUUAAAGAAAUGGCUGUUUAGUUUCAUGCACGGUUGAACAUUUACUUUAGAUGAAUUCAGUAAAAAUGUUGUGCCUCUAGUACUGGCAAUGAUUCUGUUCUCGUGGUCAUUUAAAAAAAACGUGUAUGUGAAAGUAUGUUAUUGGUUGAGAAACACUGUGGGCAUCAAUUCUUACUCAACUAAAUCUCUGCAAGUUUUGAGCUGGUGUGGAUUAGUUUAACUCUUGUAUUCAACCAUUAGUGCUACCACCUUCUCACAUUACAAUACGAUUACUGGAAGCAAGUGCUGCAUUUCCUAUGCAACAAAAAAAGGAAAAUAAAAUGCUAAUGCUACUGUA